AUGUGGAGGUCUCUUCUCAACGCAUGGAAUGCAUCCGCCGUGGAACGCGAAGAUAGCACAGAAACGACAGCUUAUCUAGGGGAUAAUUUUGGGUUCCCUAUGAUAUCGGGGGAGGGAGAUUUUUAUUGGCCGUAUGACUUUGGCUUCCAGGAACUCUUCGAAGUGGACUCUUGCAAACAUUUUAAGGGCGACCCUAAGGUUCAUACAGGGGUAUAUGUGAGGCAACAGCCUUAUUCGCCGCGUGCAGGCUGCCCAGCUGUUACACGCCGCGGUAUUUUCCACCGGGAGCUCAAAAUUUUGCCUCCGAAUCAGGAGAUUGGCUACGCACUGUUGUUUGCACAUCAUCUUGCACUCGUGAGCUUGGACCGUAUGAUAUUCACUCCUAACGCAGUUCGGGCUAUUGCAAUCAAUGAAUCUGGUGGUGGAGGCACAUUGGUCGAGCUGGGAGUAGGGGAGGAGGUUUGA